CGUCUCACUAAUCAAUACCCCUCGAAGGGAGUCAAACGGAGAGUCUCUAAAUCAAAGGCUAUCGAUGAGCAUGUCUCAACGAAUUUUGUGUCAAUGCCCCAGGGUAUUUCGUCUGAGAGCUCCGACCAGGAUCUCUUACUCCCUGGCCCAGCAAGUCGGUCGCGCUGGACAGGCACGAUGGAACAGUACUCACUCGUCCUCCAGGGCCGGGCGCAGCUGGAUGCAGGCGCUUUGGACGACGACGAUGAUCCUGGUAGGGAUCGGCGCAAACAUUGCGUUUAGUCAUUCCCGUGGAUCGGUGAAGCAAGACAGUAUCAUCUACGCAAGUCGUGACGAGAUGCUAAAGGCAGCCAAAGAAAUCGCAGACGCUCUCGGCCAGGACGCCGUGACUACCGACAUCGACGUGUUAGAGCACCAUGGCCACAGCGACUGGUCAACAGCAAACUCGCUCGAGCGCGCCGUAGCGGUGGUCUACCCGAGAUCCACUGAAGAUGUUGUCGCUAUUGCCAAGAUAUGCAACAAGCGAAAUGUGCCCAUGGUCCCUUUCGGCGCAGGAUCGAGCGUCGAGGGCAACUUUUCGCAGCCUUAUUCGGGGAUUUGCAUUGAACUGUCCUUCAUGGAUAAGGUGGUUGCCUUCCAUCCCGAGGAUAUGGAUGUGGUGGUGCAGCCUGGCGUGAACUGGAUGGAUCUGAACAAGAAGAUUGUUGACUCGGGGCUUUUUCUUCCUCUGGAUCCGUCGCCGACGGCGACUGUUGGGGGGAUGGUGUCGACGAAUUGCUCGGGCACGAACGCGAUGAGGUACGGGACUAUGAAGGAUUGGGUCUUGAACCUGACGGUGGUAUUGCCGGAUGGCUCUGUCAUCAAGACGCGCAGGCGGCCGCGAAAGACGUCCGCAGGCUACAACCUGACGUCCUUGUUUGUGGGCGCCGAGGGGACGUUGGGAAUUGUCACAGAAGUAACACUAAAGCUGGCGCCAAUACCGCAAGACACAAGUGUCGCCGUAGUCUCGUUCCCCACUAUCAAGGACGCCGCAGCGGCUGCAUCGUCACUGAUACGCUCAGGCAUACAGCUGGCAGCCUUGGAGAUGAUGGACGAUGUACAGAUGAGAGUGCUAAAUGAGCACGGCAGCGAGACGGUAAGAAAAAUAAAGUGGGACGAGAAGCCGACCCUUUUCCUCAAGUUCUCCGGCACCACCGACGCUAUCAAGAGCGACAUCAAACGAGUCUCCCAGAUCAUCCAGCCUCUUGCCGAAGGGCCGUUUCAAUUCGCCAAGACGAAACAAGAUGAGCUCGACCUUUGGACCGCACGGAAAGAGGCCCUCUUCACUAUGGUCAGCAUCCGAGCCCCUGGGACCCAACUCUGGACGACCGACGUCGCCGUCCCACUCUCCAGGCUCGCCGAGAUCAUCGACGUUUCCAAGAGGGAGUGCAGCCAGCUCGGUAUUUUUGCGAGCGUCAUCGGUCACGUCGGGGACGGCAACUUUCACGUGGCCAUGUUCUACGACCCCACGAAUGCGGAGCAGAAGGAGAACGUGAGAUGUGCGGUGCAUAAUAUGAUGCGCAGGGCGUUGGAGAUGGAGGGAACGGUGUCGGGAGAACAUGCGAUUGGUAUUGGGAAGAAGGAGUGCUUGGUGGAUGAGUUGGGGGCGGAGAUGAUUGGGCUCAUGAAGACGUUGAAGAGGUCGGUGGAUCCCAAGUGGCUCAUGAACCCGGGGAAGGUUUUCGAUUUGCCAGAUGAGAGGAGGUGAAGGGUGUGAGGUUGUUCAUACGUUUACACGGAAAACUCUGGAUUACGCAUCUGGCGCAUGCAAUUCACGAUGAUUGUAACUUGUAUCAUGAUGUCAUGGCAAUUUUUAGAUGGAAAGCCGGUCAUCCACCUGCACAGAAACGGGUACAGGAUGGCGGCGCUGCUUACAGCAUCCUCCUAUUCCAAAGCAUAUUGAGAAACUGGGGAUUGGCCACUUUCUACACUUGGAGGCAUCAGAGAGCAUACCGCAACGAGAAG